CCAUGCUGCAGGUCAUCAAACCUGUCGCGAGAGCCCUCUUUAAAUGCACCGACGAAGUUCUUCUCAAGUACAAGCUUCGCGGUGAAGUAAUCAGCACAGGUCUGCGCACCAUCUGUGAGAACUACGCCACCUGCUUUGGGCACAGCGGCGGGAAGAAGCCGACUCGGGAAAGUCGGGACGCUUCAGUUGCCUGUCUCAUCAACACACUUAAAGACCUUCCGGUGGACGAGUACAUGACGGGAGAAUACGACAAGAACCAAGUAUUGGAACACUUGGUGCACUGCCAGUUCGAUCCAUUGGACCUGCCCCUGGAGCAUCCGAAGAAGGCCAACGCCGUGCUGCACUGGUUCUUCGAGAUCGUACGGCCCUGA